AUUUUGGGGUUCUGGGUUCUGAGGGGUUUUACAGAGAAACUCGAUACCCAUCUCAGCUUCGUUUUCAGUUCUUAUCCAUCUCUCCUAUGAACCAACGCUCUUCGCUUCUCCUUCCUUCUUUAUACUUCUUCUCCUUCUGAAGUUCUAGGCUUACUUUGUAAGCUAACUAAGUUUGUUUGGCGAAGUUGAAGUUCCAUUUAGCCAAAACCAACUGGAAAUCCAGACUUUCAUUUACAACUCUGGAAUUUCUUUAUUGUUGUAUUCUGAACCCUAUUCCCAAGCAAUACUUGAGGUCGUAAUCUUGUAGAAAUGGCGCUGCAACAUACACUACGUUUACCGUUUCUGGUUUUGCCUUCUUCUAAUUGCCGAUUCCAAGGGGGUGCUUUCGCCUUUGCGGCCACCAAUUCGCAACCCAGCGAUGCUUUCGCUUCAUGGAGGUUGAAGUCUUCUUAUCCUUCAUCCAUCGCUUCGGUGAAGUUGUCUUUCCUGGGUAGUUAUUUUAGAAGCAGCCCUCGAAGGGCCUACAAAACUGCUGGAUCCCUCUGGUCAGGUGAUGGAAAGAAGAAAAAGGGACAAGCGGAUACGGACUCCGAUGAGGAAGAUGAUUCUUCUUCAGCAGAGCAGCAAGACCUUGAGCCUAUGGAUGUAGAAGAGAGACGGGAAUGGAGGGAGAAGAUUAGGGAAGUGAUUGAUAUGAACCCCGAUGUUGAGGAGGAGAUGGACAUCAUGGAAAGGAGAAGGAAGAUGCAAAAGCUUCUAGCUGACUAUCCUCUUGUUGUGGAGGAGGAAGAUCCUAAUUGGCCUGAGGAUGCUGACGGUUGGGGUUUCAACUUGGGUCAGUUUUUUGAUAAGAUCACCAUCAAAAAUAAGAAAAAGGAUGAUAAAGAUGAUGAUGAUAAAGAUGACAAUGAUGAUGAAGUAGUUUGGCAAGAUGACAACUACAUUCGUCCAAUUAAGGACAUAGCAACUGCUGAAUGGGAGGAGGCUGUGUUUAAGGACAUUAGUCCACUAAUCAUUCUUGUACAUAAUCGCUACAAAAGGCCAAAGGAAAAUGAAAAAAUUCGCAAGGAGCUUGAGAACGCCAUUCACAUAAUAUGGAAUUGCAAUCUGCCUUCGCCAAGAUGCGUUGCUGUUGAUGCUGUUGUUGAAUGCAACUUGGUCUCUGCUCUUCAAGUGUCUGCCUUUCCAGAGAUUAUCUUCACUAAAGCAGGGAAGAUUUUAUACCGUGAGAAGGGAUUUGUAAGUGCAGAUGAGUUGUCCAAAAUAAUGGCGUUCUUCUACUAUGGAGCAGCUAAGCCACCAUGUUUAAGUGACGUUAGGGAUUAUCAGGAGGCGAUCCCAUCAGUUUCUGUUGAUGCCUGAUUAUGCCAUAGGAGGAUAGACAAAGUAUAUGCUCUUUUUGGUUUGUUGUAGAUGAGGAGUUUCAGCAAUCGGUUUGUUGGGGCAAUCUUUUUUCUAUUGAAAGGCCAGUGUCCUCUGUCUUUUAGUCCUGCAACUUCAUGAGUUGUUCAAGGUUAUUACCGAAAUAUGAAAUGUAUCAUAGCUUAAGAUGACAUAGCGACAAGAGCAGGUGCUCUUCUGGAUUCAAAAUCUUGUUGGCGAUGAGUGAUGAUGCCUUCGGUUAGUGACCAUCAACCAUCGUUUCCAUGGAAAAGGUAAUCUUUUUCAGGCAUCUCUUAACAUUUGCAGACUCUUUCUACGUGCUAAUUUGCAUACAUUGUAACAUCUUCUCGAGUCCACCCUUGUAUUAAAUUUAUGAAAUUCUUUGAUACCGUUGUUGCAUCAUUUUAAUUUAACAAUCAGCUGGAAUAAUCACAUGCAGCUUAGCUAAGUUCUAAGUUUGAGGCAGAGAAUGAGCACUAUCAAAAUUUUCGAUUUGGUCCUUAAAUUUUCAAAUUCGUUUUGUUUUGAGCAUUCAACUUCCAAUGUCUACUUUAAUUUCUAAACUUCUAAAAACCAAUGAUUUUGGCUUGAAGUCGUACCUGUAAAUAACAAGUUGCAGUGGUCGAAGUUCUAAUGUCUAUUAUUUGCAUUCUAUUUACAUUAGCAACAUUUUGUUGCUUAUUAUUAUUAUUUUUUUAUGGUUUAUAUACUUUUUAGGAUAUAGUACAAUGUGAAAAAUAUGAACAGAAAUGUGCAUAGGUGACCCAAAAUUUAAUAGGGAAGAGAUGAGUAGGUAAAAUGUAUAGUUUAUAAUAGAAGAAAUUUGAUGGGCAUUCAUAUUAGUUAAUUUUGGGAAGAAAAGGAACGGUGGAAAUUGCUUGCAAAGAGGAGUAGGUGAGUGGGCGAUGGAUGCCGUGUGUUGUGGGGCGCCUCACAAUAGUUGAAGAAAUCAAUUGUUGACUCAUCAUUGUGCUUUUUAAUUUUAGUUUUGACUCCAUAUAUAACUAACCAGUUGAUCUUUAGGAACCCACUGUGGAACCUUCAUUCCCUCUUAAGCUAGAAGGCAUUAAAAUGGUAAUAGAUCAGAACUCGGAUGGGUCGAGGCUAACCAAGGCUUGGACCCAUUUCAAUCACACCUUGAGAUCAUUUAGGCUCGGAGAAAGGUGCGUCUUAUGCUAGGUAAGCUCGAGACUAAGGCUAGCCCUAACUUCUUUAUGGUCAAUAGGGAAUGACUCGAGCGUCUGGUCUCGUUCCCUCUAAGAAAGGAAAAAUGUCCAAAUCUCCAACUCAAUCCUAGGUAAGGGUACAUCAUUAUAACCUUAUAAAAGGUAAAUCCAUUCUAAGCUUACAACCCUAAACCCUAAACCAUUGUGUCUUUGUUACCUUGUGAAUCAUUUCAUCCCCUAAAUUACAAAUCUAUGCAUAAAG